CGCAUACGUUAGGUACAAGGUUACCUGACGUCACCAUUGGACAAACUCGUCGAACUAUAUAGCACGUAUUACUGAUUUGUUAUAGGUAAAUCUCAUGAUGACGUAAUAACAGAUGCAUUUGAUUUGUGCAUUCCAAACGCGCGGAUGCAUUUGAUAAAUGUUUAUAACUUUUUAACGUGUGAUUAUUAUUUUGUAAAAGUAAUAAUUAAUAAUAAUCUUGGAAAAAUAGAAAAAGACUAAUCAUUAAAGAAGAUGGUGAAUGAAGAAGCAGUAGAAAAUAAUAAAAAAACUCAACCUGUAUUCAAAAAUUCAUCUUUUCACCAACAAUUUCGGCCAAUAAGCAAUACUGGGAAGAAAAGAACUUGGAGAUCUCUUAAACAGGUUUUGGCUCAGGAACGUAGUUUACCAUGGCCUACUGAAGUAGUACAUUAUAGUGCUAUCAAUGCACCGCCAAGUUUUAAACCUGCAAAGAAGUAUUCUGAUAUAUCUGGUCUGCCUGCACGGUAUACAGAUCCACAAACUAAGUUAUAUUAUGCAACUGCUGAAGAAUUUGCCACAGUUCGCAGUCUGCCAAUGGAUAUUACUGCCGGAUAUUUAGCAUUACGUGGUGCUUCUAGUAUCGUUGGUUAAGUAUUUUAAUUAAAUUGCAAGGAAUAUAUCAUUCUUUCUUAAAUUGUAUGUUUCAAUGUCCCUUUUUAAUCACAUAAAAUAUUAUACAUAUUUUAAUAUGUAAUAUUUUUAAUUGUAAUCAAUUUUAUAUAUUUAUAUAGAAAUUUUGCGUAAAUUUAGGAAAAGGCUAAUCAAAAUUUAUAAGGAAAGAAAACAUGCUUUCCAUCGAUCUGUUUUAAUCAUUAUUUACCUUUUAUUUAUUUUUAAUAACUAUUUAGCUUUGAUAUAUUAAUGGGCUGUACUGAAAUAAACAAUUCUUCAGACAA